CACCGCCUUGUUCCUGGAGCGGGAGGCCUCAUGCCCUUUCUCCUGGCUGAGCUCUCCCACUAACGCCUCAGGCAGCGUUCUUCCCCAGUAGGUACGCCUGCCCUGCCUCAGUGUCCGGAUCUGGGGAUCGUCUGCUGGAAGGGAAGCGCUAUACUGGCAGCCCCCACGUGGAGGGUCUCCAAGAUCAACAGGGCAGGACUGCCAGCCCCAAGGCUUUUCUCCCAGCUCUGUGCCAGCCCCCUGACCCUUUGCUGCUAGUUUGGGUUUGUUUUCCAGCAGGGAGUCUUGCUUGGAUUAGGGGCCCUGCUGUAUGUGGGGAGUAAGUGAGCUGGGAGAGCCUGCAGUCAAGCCCCCGAUCUGGGCAGGCUGGGGCCCCAGUGGUUAAGUGGGCAGGGGACACUAGGAGCUAGGUGAACUUGCUUAGAGCAGGUGGGACCAGAACGUGUCAAGGUGGCCCAGGAAUGAGGCAGGACUGGCAGGAGGGGUCAGCUGGAGCUAGGUCUGGAGGCCUGGCUGGAUAAAUAACUUCUAAUUCUUGAGAUAACUGUGUUGUGAACACCAGCCCAUGAACACCUGGGGGAGGCGGGAGGGGGGGAAUGAAGGCACCGAUGUGUCUGCUCUGGAGGUUGGGGGUUCCUGUCCUGAAUUCAUACAGAUUGUCUCCCAGAAGCCCCUGUCCUAGUUGGAGAGAUAGGGAAACUGCACCCAGAGGUUGGUAGGCUCAUUCCAGUCCAGGGGGUUGGAUGGAGCUGGAGCCUUUUCCCAGGCUGCAUAGGGAGUGUGCCUGGACCCUUGGGGUAAGGUGUCCUGGAAGGUGAGGACACUGGGCACGCCUACCCCUGUUGCUGCCCCUCAGUUCUGAAGGAGCCAGGCCCAGAAGUGCAGGGGGUUGGGGAGAGGAGGCCAGGAACCCAGCCUCAGACCCCUGCCGCUCCAGGAAUACCUUGAAGGGGAAGAUGGAGCGAAGCCAGGUGACCUUGACUGGGAAACCCUGGCCAUGAAAGGGGGGGUUUCAAUCCUAGCUAUGCUGGUGUGUCUCCGCUUCCUGGUCCAUAGGGUGUUGGGGGAGGGGGAAGCCAAGGAGUCAGGAAGGAGCUCUGGUCUGCUGGGGGGAGUAUGAGAGCAGCUAGGUGGGGGGUGGAGUGCUGUUAAUAAUUUCUUCACCAUGUUCCCCCGCAGCCCCUGCUCCUGCCUCCCUUCCAUCCAGGCUGUUCUCAGUUCGAAGGAGCCAACCUUCCUUCCCUGAGGCAGGCUGUCCCCCACACCCCCCCCAAGCCUGAGAAGUCUGGAUCAGUCUGGACAAUUCGACCUCCUAGCCCCCUGCCCCACCCCCAGGUGUCUAGCCGGCUGCCUGAUUUCUGGGCCCUAGGCCCCUCCCACAAUGCCUGUCGCUGGCCUCCUCCUCUGGGCUUCCCUACUGACUGGGGCCUGGCCAGCCACCCCAACCCAGGACUACCUCCCGGCCAUGCCCCGGGUCCGGCUCUCAUUUAAAGAGCUUAAGGCCACAGGCACGGCCCACUUCUUCAACUUCCUGCUCAACACAACUGAUUACCGAAUCCUGCUUAAGGACGAGGACCACGACCGCAUGUAUGUGGGCAGCAAGGACUACGUGCUGUCUCUGGACCUGCAUGACAUCAACCGCGAGCCCCUCAUUAUCCACUGGGCAGCCUCCCCACAGCGCAUUGAGGAGUGUGUGCUCUCAGGCAAGGAUGGCAACGGUGAGUGCGGGAACUUCGUCAGGCUCAUCCAGCCCUGGAACCGAACACACCUGUAUGUGUGCGGGACCGGCGCCUACAACCCCAUGUGCACCUAUGUAAACCGCGGCCGCCGCGCCCAGGCCACACCCUGGACCCAGAUGCAGGUGGUCAGAGGCCGAGGCAGCAGAGCCACCGAUGGUGCCCUCCACCCGACGCCCACAGCCCCACGCCAGGAUUACAUCUUCUACCUGGAGCCUGAGAAACUCGAGUCAGGAAAGGGCAAGUGUCCCUAUGACCCCAAGCUGGACACAGCCUCAGCCCUCAUCAACGAGGAGCUCUAUGCAGGUGUGUACAUCGACUUCAUGGGCACCGACGCGGCCAUCUUCCGCACGCUUGGAAAGCAGACGGCCAUGCGCACGGAUCAGUACAACUCCCGGUGGCUCAAUGACCCUUCUUUCAUCCACGCUGAGCUCAUCCCUGACAGCGCCGAGCGCAACGACGACAAGCUCUACUUCUUCUUCCGUGAGCGGUCUGCGGAGGCACCACAGAGCCCCGCCGUGUAUGCCCGCAUCGGGCGGAUCUGCCUGAAUGAUGACGGCGGCCACUGCUGCCUGGUCAACAAGUGGAGCACAUUCCUGAAGGCAAGGCUGGUCUGCUCUGUGCCAGGCGAGGAUGGCAUCGAGACCCACUUUGACGAGCUCCGUGAGCACCCGGCAGGCGGGCGGGGGCCUAUGGCUACUGCAGGGGAUGGCGGCCGGAUGGGUGGUCAGGGGAAGCCUGGUGCCCCCCACCCAGGAGUGGGCAGGGCCUUGGGGCUCGUGGCCAAGGUACCCUCCCAGCUCCCUCUCCUUCUGUCCCCAGAGGAUGUGUUUGUCCAGCAGACCCAGGAUGUGAGGAACCCAGUCAUUUACGCUGUCUUUACCUCCUCGGGCUCUGUGUUCCGAGGCUCUGCCGUGUGUGUCUACUCCAUGGCUGACAUUCGCAUGGUCUUCAAUGGGCCCUUUGCCCACAAGGAGGGCCCCAACUACCAAUGGAUGCCCUUCUCAGGGAAGAUGCCCUACCCACGGCCCGGCACGUGCCCUGGUGGAACCUUCACGCCAUCCAUGAAAUCCACCAAGGACUAUCCUGAUGAAGUGAUCAACUUCAUGCGCACCCACCCACUCAUGUACCAGGCCGUUUACCCUCUGCAGCGGCGGCCCCUGGUGGUCCGCACAGGCUCUCCUUACCGUCUCACCACUGUUGCCGUGGACCAGGUGGAUGCAGCCGACGGGCGCUAUGAGGUGCUUUUCCUGGGCACAGACCGCGGGACAGUGCAGAAGGUCAUUGUGCUGCCUAAGGAUGACCAGGAGAUGGAGGAGCUCAUGCUAGAGGAGGUGGAGGUCUUCAAGGACCCAGCAUCUGUUAAGACCAUGACCAUCUCUUCCAAGAGGCAACAACUGUACGUGGCCUCAGCCGUGGGCGUCACACACCUGAGCCUGCACCGCUGCCAGGCAUAUGGGGCCGCCUGUGCCGACUGCUGCCUUGCCCGGGACCCCUACUGUGCCUGGGAUGGCCAAGCCUGUUCCCGCUACACAGCGUCCUCUAAGAGGCGGAGCCGCCGGCAGGACGUCCGGCACGGGAACCCCAUCAGGCAGUGCCGUGGGUUCAAUUCCAAUGCCAAUAAGAAUGCCGUGGAAUCUGUGCAGUAUGGCGUGGCAGGGAGCGCAGCCUUCCUUGAGUGCCAGCCCCGCUCGCCCCAGGCUACCGUUAAGUGGCUGUUCCAGCGAGAUCCGAGUGACCGGCGCCGAGAGAUGCGUGCAGACGACCGCUUCCUGCGCACGGAACAGGGCUUGCUGCUUCGCGCCCUGCAGCUUGGUGAUCGCGGCCUCUACUCCUGUACAGCCACCGAGAACAACUUCAAGCAUGUCAUCACACGAGUGCAGCUGCAUGUACUGGGCCAGGACGCCGUCCAUGCUGCCCUCUUCCCACCCCCAGCUGUGAGCGUCCCACCGCCCCCAGGCGCCGGGCCCCCCACACCCCCUUACCAGGAGCUGGCGCAGCUCCUGGCCCAGCCAGAAGUGGGCCUCAUCCACCAGUACUGCCAGGGUUACUGGCGCCAUGUGCCCCCCAGUCCCAGGGAGGCCCCAGGGGCACCCAGGCCUCCUGAACCCCAGGACCAGAAAAAACCCCGGAACCGCCGCCACCACCCGCCGGACACAUGAGGCCUGCUGUCCGAGCCCUGCGAUGGGCCGGCCUAGUCCUCGUCCCUUUUAAUAUAAAAGAUAAAUAUAUAUAUAUAUAAAAUAUCUAUAUUCUAUAUACACCCUGCCCCUGCAAAGACAGUAUUUAUUGGUGGGUUGUAAAUAGCCUGCCUCAGCGGCAGCAUCAUCCAAAACUUAGACCCAUGCUGGUCAGAGACGGCAGAAAACGGAGCCCACCUAACCAGGCCCGGCCAGUUGGCCGAGCCAGGCCAGGACCACACAGUCCCCAGGCUCAGCUGGGAGUCUACCUGCUCGACAGCCACCGCCAGGAUCUACAGGACACAGGGAAGGAGCAAGCUCUACCUGGAUGGGGCACGGACUGUACACCUUCGCCCAUGUUUGCUGGUGGCAUACAUGUGGAUGCGAGGACUGCUUGGAGACCGGGGGUGGGAGUGAGAGCUCAGAUGCGCUCAGAGAAGGGAAGAAGGGGCUGGCACGGGAUGCCGGCCCCUGCCUGGGAGAGGGGCACUCAGUCAAGGCCAGCCCUUUCCUGGGUAUUUAUUCUCUAUUUAUUGGGGACAGGAGAAGAGGAGCCCUGCCUGGGUGGGGCAGCCCCUCCAGCCCCUCCUUCCCUCCCUGCCUGGCCACUCUACCUCCUCUUUGCUUUCUGCAUGCCGCUGUGAUGCAGGGGCUGGGAGAAAAGCAGAGGGGCCAGGCUCAGGCAGCGCUGAGGGGAGAGGGGGUCAUGGUGGAGGCCUGGGGCCUGCAGGGGCUCCCCAGGGCUCCCUUCUGCCCACCACUUCAGAUGAUGGGUGUAAAUAGCUCUGGGGGGCAGUUGGGUAGGUGGAUGGGGGCUCCUGGCAGCCCUCGGCUGUCCAGGCCACACCUGCCCUUGGGGUCCAUCUUGCUAAUAAACACUGGCUCUGGGACUGGA